CGUAAUCGGGACAUAGAAGGGGAGAAGGGGGGUCUGGGUGCCGCCGGAGUUGGGGGACAGAGGUCCGGUUGGCGGGGAGGGUGGUUCUUUAAUUAAUUAAUUAAUUAAUUAGUAAUGUUUUUAUUUUUCUUAAAUUUUUUUAAUAUACUUAUAUUAUUUUUAUUUUUUGACCAAUCUCCGACUGAUGUCAGUUGUUAGUUUGUUACCCUCCAAUUUCCGUCUUUCUUGUUUGGGAAAUUACAGAAAUUGCAGCAACACCUUAAACUCUGCUUCACUGGAGAACAAAAGACUAAGAAGAUGAUUAAAGCUCUGCGUUUUAAUGGAGGUACCUCUCAUUUCCCUAUUUUCAUCCCUCUUUCCUUUUCAAUUCCGAAAUUUUUCCAGUAAAAGGAUUCUUCCAAGUUCUAACUGAUGAUCGUCUUCUGUUUCUCGAUUCUGUUAGAGAACACUGCAAAUUAGGGUUUUCCGAUCUCAGAUUUUCCCCUUUCCCUCUUCAAUCAAUUGAUCUCUUUGCGUCUUCUUCCUUCUGUCAUCCUUUUCAGUCAGCUAUUCACUGCCAAUUCCAAAUUGAAACGCCUUCGUCCUCACUCCAUCAUUAUUAAUCUCGUCGGGCAGCUUGAAUUACUUGGUAUUUAAUAAACCAUCCAAUUUCAGUCUUUUUGACUUAGAUCCAACCAUUUAAAAGCCCAUUAUUUAAUAACCCUUUAAAAUUUAAAUAUUGUAUUGAUAUAACUCUUUUAUAAAAGGGCCGGAUCAGGGCUUUAAAUGGGCCCCUAACCCAUUGAACAUGCUUAGGUACAAGCAGUACUUUUAUUUUCAGUUGUCUGGUUAUUAGAAGGGAGACGUGUUCGUCGUUAUUCCCCUCUUAUUCUUUAAACCAAUUUAAUUAAAUCGUUUUCUGCACCGGUUUCUAAACGGUGGCAAGUAAACUAGCUUUUGAAUUGAGAUGGCGAUGCUUCGAAGAGCGGCGACAACUCUCAAUAGGAUCAUCAAUUUGAAAGUUGCUUCUACAAAUUGCAUUUCAUUUGCUUCACCAACCGUUGCACCUUGCAGAAUUGUGAAUUCGCAGUUGGUUCCUGUGACGUAUCGAUUUUAUUCGAGUGAGAUUGAUCUUUCUGAUGUGGAGAGUAGAAGGCGUACGAUGAACAGGUUGCUGUAUCGGAGCAAGCAACGUGGGUUCUUGGAACUGGAUUUGGUCUUAGGAAAAUGGGUUGAAGAUAAUAUCCAUUCGAUGGAUGAAAGUAGAAUUAAAUCUCUGAUUGAAGUUCUUGACCUGGAGAACCCAGAUUUGUGGAACUGGCUGAGUGGGCAAGAACAACCACCUGAGUCAAUCAGUGUGAAUCCUGUAUUUACUGCUAUUCGCGAGAAGGUUUCUAGCAAUCUAAACAGCCAUGCUGCUCCUGAGACGCGAGCAUCACCAGGGAAGCCAUGGGUUAGAGGAUGGGAUGACAUUAAGAGAGGCAAAGACACUCCUGUCUCCGGAAAUCAGUAGUUCUAAUCGAUGAAAUUUUUAAACUGCUUUGAAAGUUUCACCAACAGGAAAAUAAGAAUGUACUUCAUAUGUUUAUUUACCUGGAAGAUGAACAUGGUAAUAUAAUUAGUACUUGUCAUGUAUGUUAUAUGAAACUUAGUUGCAUGCUUGUACGUAACCAAGUUUCUCUUUAAAUAAAGAAAUGAAAAGAAAAUCUAAUCAUUUAAAUA